UUCCCUGUCACCGAUAACAUCGACAAAUUCAAUAUCAUGAAAUUCCUGUGCAGUUUUUUGAUCCUUGCUGGAGUUUUUGCUCUUUAUGAUGCCUUUCCUUCUAACGAGCACGAUGUAGAACUUCGUCUAAAAAAUGAUCGAAUGUUAGUGCAAAGUAUGAGGCGAAUGGUACAGAGCAGGAGUGCAGGUCCUGCCCAAUGUGGUGCAAUAUACGUUCAGGAUUUGGGUGUAUGUUUGGACAUACACGCUAAAUCUCUGAAAGAUUGUGAUAAUGCAAAACAAAAUGCUAUUGAUGAAUUAAAGAAGAAAGCUUUAGACAAAAGUAAGGUAUAUAAGUCGGAAGUUAAUGAAACAUGCGAAGAUGAUUGUAUUUCAUUGCCUGAUCCUUUUCUUAUUUUGGAAUGUUUCCAAAACACGACUUUGACCAACUCGAAACAGUUAUCAGCUGUGUCAAAUAACGUUGGAACUUAUAGAACUCAUUUGAAAGUAAAUAUUGAAAAUGCCGAAAAUAUACAAAUGAUAUGCGCACGGAAUGCCGAUGACGCUUAUUAUGUGCGAUCAGAAGAAUUGGCUGAUGCAUAUGACAAAUGUAUGAACAAUAACUGAGCAUUAUGAAGAUCGAAGGACAUUAUUGAGAA